UAUUUGUUGUUGGCAGUUGGCGUGGUUAUCGUGUUUUGUUAUAUGUUCUAUCAUGAACUCCGGGCGUAUAUCCGGUUGCGGCAGGCGUAUUUGACUUCCCCGUAGCACAGGCUUCGAGCUAGUGCUACUACGGUUCUAGUUUCCAGUAUUCCGAGAAAGUGGUUGACGGUUGAGGCGCUGGUUAGACUGUACGAUGUGUUUGCUGGUUGAGUUUGAAAUGUUUGGGUUAACCGUAGGUCUUCCCCUCUGGCCGAUAGGGUUGGGCUCACUAUGUUAGUGAUUAUUAGGAGCUUCAGGGAAGAGUCGAGGAGAGAGAUAAACUCGUCAAAAAUCUCGAAGCUGUGGAAACGGAAUCGAUUAAAAUGGCCAGGAAGCAGCAAAUGGGGGAAAUUAAGUGAGAAGGAUAGUUCCUCCGCGGAAAAAGCGCAGAUUACCGAUGCAGCCGUGGCGGAAGAGGAAUUGCCGGCGGACCUGGCUUAUCUUCUGGGAAUCCCCACCAGAUCCCCCAAGAUCUCCAUGAUCACACGCAUGACAAGAGACCCAAUAAAAUCUGUUCGAGGUUUACUAAUGUCAGUCCCAUCAGAGUUGUCCAUGAUGGGUUCUACAGACUCGGACACGGCGUGAUCAGGGGCGUUAGCACUAUAACUGGGGGUGUAAGGCGGUUGAGUGGUCAGGUGGAAGAUCACAUACCCAGUGCGGUGUAUGGAUAUCAAGCGGGUGGCGGCGAUUCGUCGACGAACCGUCUGUUGCUGGAAAACAAGCUCCCCAGCAACUUCGGGAAACUGGUGAAACAUGGGAACCCGAAACUGGCGAGGAUGGAACACAGAGAAAGAGGGGAUCAACAUUUGCUCACAAUGAAGCUGUGUCUAGGGAGAAUGGCAACGGCAGCCCUCAACGGACUCGGACCCUACCUACCACUGAUCGAGCAAUACCGGCGUCGCCAAUCCUUACCCUGUGGGAAGUCAGCAGGCAGUAGGCAGCAGUCGACGCACCUCCUCGAUGGAUGUUUUGGAACAAGACCCAAAGUCAGCGACGAUCAUGAGAACGACGAUGAUGAAAUCCCUUCAACUACAGUUCACCUACAUCACUGCAUACGACUUGUUCUAUGGAUUUACCGGCCGAAGGUCCUAGCAAGGAAUAUCCCAAGGCUUUCAACAAGACAUACGCUAACGACAAACACGGAGACCCAUUGUGGAAGCAGCACCUUUCAUUAAACGAUAGGCCCAUGAUGACUCUACCCCCUUUUGGUGUGAAAUGGUUGCCUUCUCUCCCACCCAUUGGGAAGAAGGUGGACACAAUCUACUAUUGUCGGAAGGAGGUUGCCCGUCUCAAUGUCGAGAUAGAGCAGGACCAGAGUGCACCAGUACCCACUCAUGAACUCUGCUUUUAUCCAGUUCAACCGGCAAGUUGCCGCCGCGCAUAUGGCCUGUCAGUCGCUUUCUCAUUACAUCACGCAGCAGAUGUGCCCUCGCCACAUCGAGGUCUCUCCCGAUGAUGUCAUCUGGUCCAAAAUGAAGAUUUCUUGGUGGCAGAGGUAUUUGCGCAUUGCCGGUAUUAUUAUAGCUACAGGGGGUUUGAUCGUUGGAUGGGCUUUCCCGGUUGCCAUUAUUGGUUUGGUUGCUCAGAUUGAUUAUCUCACGGAAACGGUCCCAUGGCUGGGGUGGAUUGAUAAGCUUCCAAAUUUUGUUCUUGGUCUGGUCCAAAGGUCUGCUCCAAAGUGUUUUACCUCUAAUGGGUUUGGCAAUCUUGGUGGCAUUGUUGCCCAUUAUCCUUAGUGCAUUCGCGGAACUUCAGGGAAAUCACACUGGUAUGGCUAUCGCGAGGGCUGUUCAGGAAUCUAUUUUGCUUUUCUGUUUAUUCGGACUUUUCUCAUUGUCAAUUUCUCAUCCGCCAUUACCGCCGUUCUCUAGCAAUUAACGGAUAACUCUGCAUCUGCGCCAUCAAUUUUGGCCCAGAACCUACCAAAGGCGUCCAACCUCUUUUUCUCAGAACCUGCUACUGCAAGCAUUCACUGCUAGCGGUGGAGCAAUUCUACAAAUUGGGUCAUUACUCGUACAAUUCAUUCCUAGUCCAAUUGUUGACUACCGCUCGUCAGGAGUUUACCCCGGCGGCACGGCUUGCGCAGGCGAAAUGGGGCACUCUCUUCCCGGUACAUCUGGAUUUGGGGCACGUUGGGGUUGUUCACGCAGCCAUCUCCGCAUUGGUUCUCAUCUUCAAUGCCUGCAUGUUCAGUCUUUUCUGGAUAGUAUAUCGUUACAAUCUUCUCUACGUCAACCACUUUCUCUUCGAUAUAGGAGGUUUGCUCUUCCCCAGGGCGGUCAACCAGUGGUUUACAGGAAUAUAUGUUAUGGAGGUUUGUUUGAUUGGUCUCUUCUUCCUUGCCCGGGAUACCAAAGAUCGUGUGUUUGCUUUCCUCGAGCAAUUAUCAUGAUCGUUGUCACGAUCUUUACCGUCCUAUACUAAUAUACUUUGAACUCGGCUUUCGGUCCAUUUUUAACCCACUUGCCCAUCACUCUGGAGGAUGGCGCUGUUCUCCGUGGUGGAGCAUUGGCGGAAGAUAACGAAAGGCGAAUACUGUUGGCUAGCGGCAACAUCGUUCCGGAGGAGCAGGAAUGCGACAGUCUGAAUGAGGUUUUUGCAGAGUGGGAAAAGCGAGAGUGGCGCAUGGAUCAGCGUGCGGAUGAGAUUGAAAUGAGGAAAAUCCGCAACAUCCGCGAAAAGAAGGAAGGAAAGUCGUCAUUCUCAAGAGGCGGAAGACAGGCCAAGGGGCCAGACGCCAGAGACCCACAAAUGAAAUCGCGUCCUGCACCGCCAAAGCAACAGCCGCACACUAGACCGGAGCUAAUGUUGUUUGGAGACAUUUACCGACCAGAUUGAAGACUUGUCGCCGGCGGAACGGGACAUACUCGUUGGUAUAGCAUUCCAACACAAGGCUCUCUGGCGCAACGCCUGGUGACCUGGAUACCAAGAGAUGAUCUGGUAUUCCUGGCGAUGUGAUCCGGUCCACGCAUAGGUUUAGUGACAAUGUCUGGAUUAGCAACGAAAACUUUGGUCUGGAUCGCAAGGGUGGAGUGGUGUACAGGCAUCCAGCACCAGAUUUCGAUCAGCGGGAUUCGGUGAAGCUA